AUGAUGAAGAAUAAGCCAAGUUCUCGAUUAAUCGCUCACAAAACCAUAAUCGAGAUGAUUAAAGCCAAAAACAGGGAAAAAAAUUCCGAAAAGAGUCCAAAAGGAUCUGACCCAUUGCGACCAAGCUCAGCAUUUAUUUGUGAAGACUGCAAAAAAAUAAAAUUUCCAAAGCCUUCACAAGCAAUUUUAAUGCAUUCCAACCAAUUUUGUGUCUGCAACUCAUCAUUGCGAGUGAUCCACAGUCCUCGAAGUGCUAAGCUGCCAAUGAAAAAACUGAACAUGACAGGAGGUUUUGGCAACCCCUCAAUACUGAAAAUCAGAAAGAAGGCAGAAAAUUUCUCAGAAAGAGCAUUAAUUGCAACAGGGAUUGGACUGCAAAAUCAGCAAACAAUCAGAAGUGCUUCUUUCCCUGAUAGUGUUAGAGAAAAUGUGUCACCUUACCAAGAUUUGACAUAUCGUGAAAAUUCUGAGUCAGAAUAUAAAUUUCUUAUAUUCAAAGGAAAUAACUCGUCAUUAAUUCACAAUAUUCUUGGGCUCAGGGCUAAUUGGGUGGAAGCAGAAAAUGGGAGGACGAAUCUUCAUUUUAUAUGGCAUCCAACAUCAGUAAAAAUCCGCUUUGAUAGGCUUAUGCCUUACUUGCCAACUCAAAUGGCCAAUCAUUUUGAGUUUCAUGCACAGCUGAGUAAUAAAAUGCUUUUAUAUAGCAAUAUGGUAUCUUAUUGUGUCAAGAAUAAAAAACUGCAAUUUAUAGGAGUUAUAACAAGAUAAAAGGUAUUUAAAAAUAGGUUAUAGAUGGAGAAAAAUGCAGAUAGAUAUUAUACUUAUUUACCAAGAAAAGCCCACUAGGGCAUUUUUGAUCGGCUGGAAAUUAGCUGGCUUGCAAAAUUCGUUAGCAUGCCAUAUUGUCUGGAUAACCAAUUUAAGAAUGGCGAACCAAAAAUGCUCCUUAGUGGUCUAUUCUUGGAAAAACAGUUAUAAGGUAAAUAAGGUAUCUUAUUGCAAACUAAAAGCAAUGGACAUCACAAAGUUGAUGCCAGUUACCUUCCCUUUAAACAUGGAAUCAAAAGAUUUCACGUCACAAAUGAGUAAAUUUGUAGGGUACUUUAAAAGCAACUCCCAAAAUGGCACCAAAAACCUUUGGCUCUUGAAGCCUUCAGGUUUCAACAGAGGAAGGGGGAUCCACAUAUUUAAUGAUAUUUCCACAUUAAAAAAUUUAUUAGCUGAUGUCCAAUCCUCAGCACAAAAUAUAACGAAACCUAAAUUCGCCAAAAAUCCACAAUUAACUAUGAAAUUCGUAGUCCAAAAAUACAUAGAAAGCCCUCUAUUAAUCGACGGUAGAAAAUUUGACAUUAGAGUUUGGGUUCUCGUCACUCAUGAAUAUGACUGCUAUUUCUUCUCUCAAGGCUAUAUCCGCACUUCUUCAGCCCCUUUUACAUUGACAGACGACCAACUAACAAGCGAAUAUGUCCAUUUAACAAACAACGCAAUACAAAAAGAAGGUGCAGAUUAUGGAAAAUUUGAAGAUGGGAACCAGCUUUCUUUUGAGUUUCUGCACAAAUAUCUCGACCAGCAAUUCCCAAACUCCAAAAACUCAUUAGGAAGAAUUAUUGCAGGCAUGAAAGAAUUAAUCACGCACAGCUUAAGAUCAGUCAAAGGAAAGCUGAACCCAAAUCAACGCCAAUUCUGUUUCGAAAUUUUUGGUUACGAUUUUAUAUUAGAUUCUACUAUGAAACCAUGGCUUAUAGAAUGCAACACAAAUCCUUGUUUAGAGCUUUCUUCACCUUUGCUGCAACAAUUGAUACCAAGAAUGAUAAAUGACGCAUUUAAAUUGACGCUAGAUAUGAUUUUCCCUAUAAAGAGCAUAGAAUAUCUGAAUACUCCUGCAGUUGUACCUUUGCAAGAGAGUAAUCAAUGGGAGUUUUUGACGUCACUUAAGAAGUUAGCUGUGUAA